GCCGCCCCGUGUCCCCGGUGGAGCCGCCGCCGCCGCUGCCGCCGCCGCCGCGAGCUCGAUGCGGACGGAGCCUGGGCCGGGCCAUGGGGAUCCUCAGCAUCACGGACCAGCCGCCCCUGGUCCAGGCCAUCUUUAGCCGAGAUGUGGAGGAAGUGCGUUCCCUCCUCUCGCAGAAGGAGAACAUCAACGUACUGGACCAAGAGAGGCGAACCCCAUUGCAUGCUGCUGCCUACGUAGGCGAUGUCCCCAUCCUCCAGUUGCUACUGAUGUCAGGUGCUAACGUCAACGCUAAGGACACACUGUGGCUGACCCCUCUUCAUCGUGCCGCUGCCUCCCGAAACGAGAAGGUGCUGGGGCUGCUGCUGGCACACUCAGCGGAUGUGAAUGCCCGGGACAAGCUGUGGCAGACACCACUGCAUGUGGCUGCUGCCAACCGGGCCACCAAGUGUGCAGAGGCUCUGGCACCCCUAUUGAGCAGCCUCAAUGUGGCUGACAGGAGCGGGCGCAGCGCUCUACACCACGCUGUACACAGUGGGCAUCUUGAGACAGUGAACCUGCUCCUGAAUAAGGGAGCCAGCCUGAAUGUCUGCGAUAAAAAGGAGCGGCAGCCGCUGCACUGGGCAGCUUUUCUAGGGCAUUUAGAGGUCCUGAAACUGCUGGUGGCACGUGGAGCAGACCUCAGCUGUAAAGAUCGAAAGGGCUACGGGCUGCUCCACACAGCUGCAGCCAGUGGCCAGAUUGAAGUGGUGAAGCACUUGCUUCGGAUGGGGGCCGAGAUCGAUGAGCCCAACGCUUUUGGAAACACAGCUUUGCACAUUGCUUGCUACCUGGGCCAGGAUGCUGUGGCUAUCGAGCUCGUGAAUGCAGGAGCCAAUGUGAACCAGCCAAAUGACAAGGGCUUCACUCCACUGCACGUGGCGGCUGUCUCUACCAAUGGCGCGCUCUGUCUGGAGCUGUUAGUUAAUAAUGGGGCUGAUGUCAACUACCAGAGUAAAGAAGGGAAAAGUCCCCUGCACAUGGCUGCCAUCCAUGGGCGCUUCACGCGGUCCCAGAUCCUCAUCCAGAAUGGUAGCGAGAUUGAUUGUGCUGACAAGUUUGGGAACACGCCCCUACAUGUGGCUGCUCGCUACGGACACGAGCUACUCAUCAGCACUCUCAUGACCAAUGGCGCAGAUACUGCCCGGCGAGGUAUCCACGACAUGUUCCCCCUGCACUUAGCCGUUCUCUUUGGAUUCUCUGACUGUUGCCGGAAGCUUCUCUCCUCAGGUCAGCUGUAUAGCAUCGUGUCUUCACUCAGCAACGAGCACGUGCUUUCUGCUGGGUUUGACAUCAACACACCGGACAGCCUUGGCCGCACCUGUCUUCAUGCUGCUGCUUCAGGAGGGAAUGUUGAGUGUCUUAAUUUGCUGUUGAGCAGUGGAGCUGACCUGAGAAGGAGAGACAAAUUUGGAAGGACCCCACUGCACUAUGCAGCUGCCAAUGGUAGCUACCAGUGUGCAGUGACGCUGGUAACAGCCGGGGCCGGCGUCAAUGAGGCCGACUGCAAGGGCUGUUCGCCCCUUCACUAUGCUGCUGCCUCUGACACCUACCGGAGAGCGGAACCCCACACUGCUUCCAGCCAUGAUGCUGAGGAGGAUGAGCUGCUGAAGGAGUCCCGUAGGAAGGAGGCCUUCUUCUGUCUGGAGUUCUUGUUGGAUAAUGGUGCAGACCCCUCCCUGCGGGACAGGCAGGGCUACACAGCCGUGCACUAUGCAGCCGCCUACGGCAACAGACAGAACCUCGAACUGCUCUUAGAAAUGUCCUUUAACUGCCUGGAGGAUGUGGAGAGUACAGUCCCAGUCAGCCCUUUGCACUUAGCUGUGAGUCCAGCGUCCUCCUCUUCCUUCUGGUUCUCUGCCUCUGGCCACACAGAUUCCCUGCACUUGCUGAUUGACAGUGGGGAGCGAGCUGACAUCACAGAUGUCAUGGAUGCCUAUGGACAAACCCCACUGAUGCUGGCCAUUAUGAAUGGCCACGUGGACUGUGUACAUCUGCUGCUAGAGAAGGGAUCCACGGCUGAUGCUGCUGACCUCCGGGGCCGCACUGCCCUCCACCGUGGGGCAGUGACUGGUUGUGAGGACUGCCUGGCUGCCCUGCUGGACCACGAUGCAUUUGUACUGUGCCGAGACUUUAAGGGCCGCACACCCAUUCACCUGGCCUCAGCCUGUGGCCACACUGCAGUGCUGCGGACUCUGCUGCAGGCUGCGCUUUCCACAGACCCCCUAGAUGCUGGUGUCGAUUACAGCGGAUACUCGCCCAUGCACUGGGCCUCCUACACUGGACAUGAAGAGUGUCUGGAGUUGUUACUUGAACACAGCCCGUUCUCAUACUUGGAGGGAAACCCCUUCACUCCUUUGCACUGUGCAGUAAUUAAUAACCAGGACAGCACCACAGAAAUGCUGCUGGGGGCUCUGGGUGCCAAGAUUGUGAACAGCCGAGAUGCCAAAGGACGGACUCCCCUUCACGCCGCUGCCUUCGCGGACAAUGUCUCUGGGCUCCGGAUGCUGUUGCAGCACCAAGCUGAAGUGAAUGCCACCGACCACACUGGCCGCACUGCGCUCAUGACGGCUGCUGAGAGUGGACAGACUGCUGCUGUGGAAUUUUUGCUGUACCGAGGGAAGGCAGACCUGACCGUGUUGGAUGAGAACAAGAACACUGCCCUUCACUUGGCUUGUAGCAAGGGCCAUGAGAAAUGUGCCCUCAUGAUCCUGGCAGAGACCCAAGACCUUGGCCUUAUCAAUGCUACCAACAGUGCGCUGCAGAUGCCUCUCCACAUUGCUGCCCGCAACGGCCUGGCUUCUGUGGUGCAGGCCCUGCUGAGUCGUGGGGCCACAGUGCUGGCUGUGGAUGAAGAAGGUCACACCCCAGCGCUGGCCUGCGCUCCUAACAAAGACGUGGCAGACUGCCUGGCCUUGAUCCUUUCCACCAUGAAGCCUUUCCCACCCAAGGACGCCGUCAGUCCUUUCAGCUUCAGCCUGCUCAAGAACUGCGGUAUCGCGGCCGCCAAGACGGUGGGUGGCUGUGGCGCCCUGCCUCACGGGGCCUCUUGUCCCUACAGCCAGGAGCGGCAUGGCGCCAUUGGGUUAGAUGGCUGCUACUCAGAGUAGCCCCCUCCAGUGUCCCUCUCCCUGCCGGUGGCUUGAUAUCUUAUUCUAUUUAUUUAGAAAAAAAGUCUAAACAUUUAGGGCACUUUAAAGGAGAACACGACUGGGUGGUGGGGCAGAGGGAAGGACGCACUGGGGAGCAGCUGCUUACCCUUUGCCAUACCAUCCUGGCCUGGCAGAGGUCUGGGACCUACAGGGAGCACCCUAGGCUCUUGGUACCCCCAGGGCAAUCCCUUCUGCCAAGUGUCCCAAAAUGAUUGCUAAAUGCCUGGCUCCCCCCUUUGACUCCAUCUCUGUUGCCCCUGUUUGCUGCCAGCUCCCCCAACUCUUCCUUCCGACUCUCCUCUGCUGCCAGGCAGACCCCUCCUCUUCCUCCAUACCCAUCACUGCCUCCCUGCUUGGCCCUCCAUCCCUGCAGCAGUGAGAAGCCUUAAUUUCUGGUACUGUGUGAGCACUCUGGGGGUGUCCCCCUUCCCCUUCAGGGGCAGCUAGAGGAUGAGGGGGGAGGGUAUUUAGCACUGGGGCCUAGAGCUUCCCCCCCAUAUCCUAUCACCCCUAAAAUUCAAAUGCAAACACUUGAAGCAGCAACUACUGAACCCGGCCCAGAACCUGCGCUCUAUCCCCCCCCCCCCCCCCGGCUCCUCAUGUGCAAACCAAGGGCUGCUUCUGCCCCCACAGCCUGCUCCUGUUUCCCACUUCUGGCCUGGCCCCCUCACCACGCACUUUAACCUUGCUUCUUUCUUUUAACUUCUUUUGGGAGAGGGGAGCCUGUGGCCAUUCCCUCCUUGGCUCUCUUCUCCUUGAACUUUUGAGGCUUGUCAUGAAUUUUUAAGUAAGCAUUUUGUUCUUUAGGGGAAGAAACAAAUUAUUAUCCUGCCCAUUUCAAAACUACAGCCCUAGUAUAUGUCCUGUGUUUCAGGCAUGUGUUUGCAUGUGAUUGGAGGUAGGGACCAUGUUCUUCCUCCUGUGUCCCCCAACCCCAGAGUUUUCCAUGCCCUGUGUCUGUCUCUACCUUCUGUCAUGUCUGAGAGUACCCACUGCCCCAGUCACUCUUGAUAUGAAGCCAAAGAUGGUAGGAAGGGCAGGGCAGUGUGGGGACCUCUUGUUAGGGAAGCAGGCCUUCCUCCGUGGGAGGGGGGGAGCACUGGUCAAGGGAGCAACAGACAGACGCUGUGGCUCGGUUCAGUCCCCUGCCCUCCCAGCAUGGAGAGAUGGUUGAGUAGACGCUGCACUGAUAAGGUUCUGGAAUGUACCCGAGAAGCCAAACUGGGCUGGAAUGGGGAGGGCAGUGUUCUCUUCAAAUGUAGCAUUGCAUCUGGCCCUGGUCCCUUCAGAUGCCCUGUCCAUCUCCUUGGUGAGCCUCUGCAUGGUUGGACCCAAUCCCAUAACCCAGUGUCCCUUCCUCACACGCAAUACCUCAGCCCGGGGCCAAGACACAGAACUUGAAUAGAGGUCCUGCCCUCCCCCACAGUGCAUCCUUGCCCAGGUUGGCUGCCAUCAGUAUUGCCCCCUGAGAACUGAGAACUGGACGGGCUUCGUUUACACAGUACAGGGGUCUCCCCUGGAGAUCCCUCCACCUCCUUCCCACCCACGCUUGCGUCACCCUCAUUUUUACCCAUUUUUCAGUUGUGUCCCUUGAAUGUCUUGCCACCCUUGUCAGGGGUGAGCUGAGGGGAGAGGGGCUGUCCCAGGGAGCCCUUCCUCCCGACAGAUACCUUGCACCAUACCUCACGCUGGUUCCAGAAGCCUGGGGCGUUUGUCCGAAUCUUUCCUUUUCAUGGUCCCUGUUUAUCUUUGUGUCUUGCUGCCCCCAACCCUCAUAUCCUAAACCAUUUCAAGGCUUCCAAGUGACCAUUAUUGUGAGAAGGAUUCUGCAGCUUUUAGUUUUUAUUUUUGUUUUCAAAGCCAAAGGGCCUUGCAAUGCCCCUCUUGCCCACACCCCUUCAUGCCCUCUCCUUCCCUAUGCGACAAUCAAUGUGACCUCUCUUAAGGGCUGCCGCCCCCAUCCCCACCCUGCUGGUUCUGCAAAGCUUGUCCCCUAACUUCAAUUCUCUCUCCUAAAAUCUUCCCAUUUCAUCCCCCUCUCCCCUCUCAUCUUGGUGCUGGGAAUGAGGUGGUGGGGGCUGGGGAGCAGGGACGCUUUCCCCGGGAUGACUGGGGUAUCGGUCGUGUUCUCCUUUAUCAAUGCUUGGUGAUGACAGAGGACAGUCUGAGGAUUUGUCGGGAGCCCCGUUUUGUUUUGCUAGAUGAGAUUUCAGGUGGCUUGUCUGUUCCCUGCUGUCCUGGGCACACUGUCAGCAAUGCUGGGAAGAUGGCAGGGGGUCCUCUGUCCCUCCUCAGGUGGCUGUGAGGAGGCCUGGAGGACAAGCAGCCUCCUCUCCUAUGCCAAAGGAAACCCCGCACCCCACCCCACCCGGGCUUCCCAGCCCCUAGUGUUUUUGAAGCAUUUUGACCAUUCUCAUGGCCACUGCAUAUUUAUUUUAAUGUUAAGGUUUUUUUUUUGUU